AAGCAGAAUGGAGGUUUUCCCAGUCAGGCAAAGGCAAUGGCCUGCCUCUCAAACACGUGAGAGCCCGGCGGGUGCUGCCACCGUGGAGCCUUUCGCGUACUGCGUCACCAAGAAGAGCCUGGGAGACGUGUGCGAGCACUGCCUGAGCAGGAAAGAACGACUUCUUAGGUGUUCUCAGUGCAAAGUUGCAAGAUACUGCAAUAUACAAUGUCAGAAAGAAGCAUGGCAAGAUCACAAACAAGAAUGCAAGUGUAUUAAGAAUAUUGAUCCCAACUUUCCCCCUGAUUCAGUGAGGCUUGUUGGCAGGAUUAUUUUCAAGCUACUAAGACAAUCAACAUGCCCAUCUGAGGAGCUUUACUCUUUUUCUGAUCUUCAGUCAAAUUUUGAAAAGUUAAGUGAAGAAAUGAAAGAAGGCCUUGGGUACCUUACAAAGGCAUUGCAGCUAUAUUUGAAGGCAGAGAUUCAAGAUGCUUCUCAGCUGCCACCUGGCCUAGAUGUUUUUCAGACCUUCGCAAAAGUUCUGCUUAUGGAUUUAGAAUGGAAGAAAAUUAAACCACUGAUUUUGGAGGUAUUAGGCUUACUUUCUUUUCUCUUGGACUGUGCCCACUAUUCUGGUGUAGCUGAUAUUUGCUCUGGAAACUCUUCCGUCGCUUCUAGCAUUUUAGUAAUCUAUGUGACCUGUAACUGCUUCAGCAUUAGUAAUGGAGAGGUGCAGGAUGUUGGUGUUGGCCUUUAUCCCAGUAUGUCUUUGCUGAACAACAGUUGUGAUCCAAACUGCGUGAUAGUCUUUGAGGGUCGUCAGCUGUACCUUCACUCAGUCCGGGAGAUUCAGAUAGGUGAAGAGCUCACCAUCAGCUAUACUGACACAAUGAUGCCCAGCACUGAACGUCGGCAACAACUGAAGCGUCAGUAUUGUUUUGAAUGCAAUUGCCAUAUGUGCCACACACAUAGCAGGGACGCUGACCUGUUGGCAGGCAAUGAGCAAGCUUGGAAAGAAGUCAAAGAAGCUAUAAAUAAAAUGACAACUCCCAAGUCACAGGAAGAGUGGAAACUGGCUCUGGUGAAAUGCCAGACAUUGCUGAAGAACACCAGUACUCUUCUCCCAGACACAAAUAUCUACCAGCUGAAACUACUUGACCUUGCCAUGGAUGCCUGCAUAAACCUUGGUCUUUUGGAGGAAGCUUUGCUUUACGGGAACAGAACUUUGGAGCCCUUCAGGUUUUAUUAUUCUGGCUUCCAUCCUUUGAGAGCUGUCCAGCUGAUGCGAGUGGCCAAAUUGCAGUACAGUCAAGACAUGUUUCCUCAGGCCCUGGAAACACUGAAGCAGGCUUAUGACAUUAUGAAAGUGACCCAUGGGGCAGAGCACAGCUUAGUGCAAAACUUGAUGAUGCUUAAAGAAGACUGUGAGGCUGGCAAAACAGCGAAGAGUGGCUUUCAAAUUGGAUAAACUCUGCUCUGCAAGAGAGAGGCCAAGGGAAGAUACUGAAGGAAGCUGAUCUACUUCUAGACAAUGGCAGUAAAAUCUCCAUGUGGGGGAUGUUCUAUUUGCUGUAUACUCUCUGCUUUAUUGUUCUGUUAGUUUUCCAACUGAAGUUUCUCUCCAGUGGCCAAUUCUAGCUGCAAUUCACUGUCUGAAAAGUGAUAUGUUAACAAAGAAACCUCGGCAAUUCUUGGUAAAACCUCAUCUAACUAUUAAAAACAUUUGUGAGAAUGAUA